AUGGUAUACUUUUAUAUUCAUCACCCAGGAAUUGGAACUCUCUGUCAGCUUCAUGCAAUUAUCGUGUGGCUGAAGAAUUGCUCCUAUGCCUUCACCAACCGAGAUCUCCGUCUUGCAUUUUUGAAUCCAUCUGCCGACCCCGGGCUUCCUGAUAUCUAUGCCACUUGCCCCUACCCACGAAAUGUUACCAUUGAUAAUCUCACUUACUUCUGGCUUGCUCCUACUUUGGUUUACCAACCAGUCUACCCCCGCACAACAUCUAUUCGUUGGUCCUUUGUGGCAAAGCGCUUGGCGGAGUUUGUCGGACUUUCAGUUUUUAUCUGGCUUUUAUCUGCACAGUAUGCUGCACCCGUUCUACGAAACUCAAUUGACAAGAUCGCUGUCAUGGACAUUGCGUCUAUUCUGGAACGGGUGAUGAAGCUCUCCACCAUCUCGUUGAUCAUUUGGCUUGCUGGCUUUUUUGCUCUUUUCCAGGCUCUGCUCAAUGCCUUGGCCGAAGUGAUGCGCUUUGGAGAUCGUGAAUUUUAUACCGACUGGUGGAACAGUUCUAGCCUGGGAACUUACUGGCGGUCCUGGAACCGACCUGUCUAUCUGUUUAUGAAACGACAUGUAUACUCACCCCUGGUGGGUCGCGGAUGGAGCCCUCUAGCCGCGAGUAGUAUGGUGUUCGUCCUGUCUGCCAUUCUCCAUGAAAUGCUAGUGGGGAUCCCCACUCAUAACUUCAUUGGUAUGAACUUUGUAUAUGAAAAUUUCAACUGUUGA